GACAGCCUAAGGAGCCCCACGUGAAACCAACCAUCAGACAUACCACGCUUCAUCUUCGAAACUCACCCUCGGACCUUCCACCAUCCGCCCAAUCUUGUCCAGAUGUUAUAAGAAACUCCCAAGACCUACUAACAACUGUCUGGGCUCUCUUUUCACGUUCAGCAUAUCCAUUCCUUUCCAGUUGAUUUUGGUUUUUUGUGUUCAUACCGCUGGUCGGCCCUUACGACUCUUUCCAAGCUUGGUCUUUCGUUUCUCGAACCACAUUUCAGCAUUACAAUCGUUCUCAGACCUCCAAUACCAACAUGCAUUUGGAAACAACCGCUGUGGCUCUGCUUUAUGCAGCAAGCUCGGUCUCAGCUGCCGCCCUUGGAACAAAGAUGUCAUGGGGCGCCGAAAAGACGGUCAAAGAGAGUGCAGACUUCGGUCUCUGCAUCCCGACCAUGAAAUUCGAAGGCGGUCUCGGUGAAAGAGCCGCUUCAGACUUCACUUUCCUGCCCAUGGACCCAUUGUGCGCUCGAGGUCAACAGGAGGCACAGAACCCAAACAUCAUUACCAACAGAAUCUGUGAUCAACUCAGCACGGCUUGUGGUGCCAAUGAAGCGGCCAAGGAGCUUUGCAGAGACGCCCAAACCAAGAUUCGAUCAUUGGGUACACGCAACAAGUCCACUGCCGACACCUGGAACACCCUGCUCGGCUUUGGUGGUGCUCUGACCAACCCCGACGGUGGAGCUCCCUCGCCAAAGGACUUGAAGAAGAAGAGAGAUGUCGAGAUCACGAAGAGAGAGCCUGAGCUUGAGCCUCUCAUUCCCUGCUCCGCCUCGGUCUGGAUCGACAACUGCACAGGCUGGCCGAGGUCCAAGAGGGACGUCGAAGCUGCCCCAGUUGUCAAGCGAGAGGUCGAAAUCAUCCCUAACCCAGUCUACAAAAGAUCACCAGCUGCAGAUUUUGACCCAGAGGCCAUGAAAUCCGAAUGGCAAAAGAGAGCCGAUAUCCCAAUGAUUCCUUGCAGCACCGAUGUCUGGAUUGAUGACUGCACUGGCUGGUACUGAAACAGUCAGGGCGUGGCCAAGUGUGGAAGACUUCAGCCUUCUCAGUCGAGCAAUUUUUCAUGUAUGAUAAACAGGUUGCUGGUGGCAGCGG